AUGAGCCUCUACACUGAUGAAGAGAAGGCAAAGGCAUCCGAGUCUGUGACUUUGCACGUGGACUGGCUGGAGAUUGUCUCAGAUCCGGUGAUGGACUCGUGUGACAACUGCCUCAUCGAGUGCCACAUUGACGAGGUCUUUGCCCCAGGCUCCUACAAACUGGACUCCCUGGCGGUGCUCGCACGUGUCGGGGAUGUGGAGCGCAGGACGGCGCUGACCCAGCGGAAGGAGGGAAAGUCGCCAAGUGAAAGCCAGGAGCACGAAUUCGAGGUCGAGACCAUACUCCGCUUGCCCGUGACACACGUCGCGGUCGAGACGGACAGCCUGGAAAUUUCAGCUGUGAACAGAAGAGGCCAAGUCUUCGCGUCCUACUGGCUCUCUUUGCGCUCCCUCAUGAAGCAGAAGUGCUCCUUUGUGCAGUCAAAUCUGAAGCUGGAGGGUCCAAACAUGACGCUGCACACGCAGGUCUCUGUCAGCCUCAAGGGCUUGCGCAGCACCAAGCUGAGCCGGUCGGAGGCAGACACGAAUGCAUCGCCCGACGCUGGCUCGCCCCUGACGCACUUUCCAAGCCAGACGUCUGCUUUCCAACUGGACUGGAUCAACCAAGUCUAUCGAAAGCUGCACCCAAAGAUCAUGACCAUUGUCGCGCGGCAGAUGGAGGAUCCCUUUGGCGCCUUCACCCAGUCGCUCCGGCUCAAGAUGCCCUUGCCAUUGAAGGACAUUCACUUUAGCCACUUUUUGCUGGGCACCACGCCGCCCGAGUUCGGGCCCUUUGAGGUCUCCGAGUGGCUGAGCCCUCGGGAUGGCGCCAUGGGCGUUGAGCUGCAGGUGGGCUUCUUUCUGGACACCGAGGCCAACAUUGAGUUGAAAGUGCGUGGCGCCACCUUGGGAGUGAACCGGAUUCGGUUGAAGGGGGACCUACUGAUUCGCCUGGAGCCAUUGAUCGAGGAGCUGCCUGUGGUGGGUGGUGUGGCCCCUUGGAGGGACAUGGAGCAGCUUUGCUCCCGGCAUCUCGACCAGCGCACGGAAUUUCUGGCCACCCCUUGA